UGUUGUCAUAGCAACAAACAACGACGCUGAGAGGAAGAGAAACAACGAAGUUUGUAAAUAAUAUUUUUUGUAUAUCCUCGUUGUUUUACGCAAAAUGCCGUCGUUAUUGGACGAGCCAAGCGAAAAAACUGAAUGUAAACAGAAUUUGAAAGUUGACGAGGACAAAUGGCCCAGAAUGACCAAAAAGGUCCUCCUGGAUAUCUGCAAACAACAGAAACUAUACAGAACACCAUAUCUCAAUGAUGUUCUUUAUUUGCACUACAAAGGAUUUGGUAAGAUAGAAAACUUGGAGGAUUACACAGGAUUAAAGUGUCUUUGGUUAGAAUGUAAUGGUAUCAGAACAAUAGAAGGACUUGACAACCAAAUUGAAUUACGUUGUCUAUAUUUGCAUCAAAAUCUGAUAGAGAAAUUACAAAAUGUUGAUCAUUUGUCUCUCCUGGAUACUCUAAAUGUGAGCAAUAACUCAAUAAGGAAGAUUGAAAAUAUUGCAUGUCUGCCAAAGUUAAACACAUUACAGAUUGCUCAUAACAAAUUGAAAACUGUUGAAGACAUUGAGGAACUACGAAACUGCGAGUAUUUGAGUGUCCUAGAUUUAUCCCACAAUCAAUUGGAUGACCCUGAAAUACUAGAUGUGUUUUCUGCCAUGGCUAAAGUGAGUGUUCUCAAUCUAAUUGGCAAUCCUGUUAUAAAGAAGAUAAAGCACUAUAGAAAACAAAUGAUCCUAAAAAUCAAAAAUUUAAAAUACUUGGACGACCGGCCCGUGUUUCCGAAAGAGAGAGCUUGCGUUGAAGCCUGGGCGCGAGGUGGUGUCGAAGCGGAAAAAGAAGAGAGGCAGUUAUGGGUUAGCAGGGAACGAAAAAAGAUCAUGGACAGUGUUAACGCGUUGGCUGAAAUACGUGAGAAAAACCGAAGAAUGCAAGAUGAAGAUACGGACAAAGAAGCGACGAACGAAGGUGCACCAAUAUUUCAUCUUGGCAAAGAGGAAGAUGGACGCCAAGAAAGAGGAAUUGACGGAAAAGACGAUGAAGAAGUCAUCAAAGUCAUCAAAGAUGAAAAUACCGACGAGGAACAAAAAAUAGCAACUAGCAACGAAGAUCGAUCAUCCUCGCCAAUUUUUCUGACUCAAAGGACUCAAGCAACACCUAGCGAUCAACGGAAAUCUGCUGGUAUUUUCUCAUCUCAAAUUACCGACGACGACCGUCGUAAAGUCCCGCGGAUAGUAGAGAUAACGUCAGAUGGGCAAGAUAAUUUUACAGAUUCUGAGCAAAUUCUCACGACGACUUUGUCUGAAGACGAUAUUGAAAUAAUCCAGAUAAGUCGCGACGAUGAGGACUUGCCGGAUUUGGAAGACGUCGAUGUAAGCGACCCAGAUGUACGUCAGGCUCAUCCAUUCAUUGCUGAUUUCGACCGCAGCCUUAUUGACGAGAAUCUUAGCCAAUCAGAUUGCAUCGAUUCGAUGACGUCACAUCCAAUGGAAUUACUAAUCAGACCUGAGAAAACCCGCCAACGGGUUCUUAUCGAAGAACUUCCAGAUGAACCUCAGCACAACACUAAAAUAGAUACACGAGAAAUUGAGCCGGUCGACAAAUUUCAAGCAUCCACAAAAGAUGCCCUAACUGAAAGAUGUCGAGUGUCAGCCGAAGGUAAUCGAGUAUCAGUUGACGAUUGUCGACCUUUGACCGACAAUCCCCGAGCUUCGAGCGAUUCUGGAAUCUCGAUUGAUAUUAUACAAAAGCUUGCGGAACAAGUUGGGUCAACUGUUAUUGAGAGAGAGCCUUUGAACAUCGAAGAAAAAGUUAAGGAAUUUAAAGAACGAACUGUUGAAGAUUUUGAAGAUGUUGACGAUUAGCGUCUAAUGUGAACCGUUUUACUGACAUACGUUAUAUAAACGACUCUAUUGAAAGACUCUAUAGCGGUCAAAAGCGGCAAAUUCUGAGCAAAAAUUUUGAAACUCUUUUAACUGAAGUCUUUAAAUUUCUGCAACAAAUAGAGGUUUUGAAUACAGUUUUUAUAUACGGUGCAACGUUUAUUAGUAUUUAAAAACAUUUCACUCCAAACUGAGAAAACUAAAAGACCCCGGACUCAAACCCUCCCCUGAGUUGCCAUUCCGGUUUUAUUGAAGUUUACUAGUGAAUAUCUCUGUAGUUAACAUUAUUACUGAAUGAAGUGUAUUCAUUUUUGCUUGUUUUGUUCUCGACUAUCUAUAUUAAUAACUUAUAUUGCGAUUAAAAUGAUGAUACUAGCCAUUCUAGGAAAAAAUC